AUGGUGACGCGUCCCCACUGCUGGACCCACACAUAUAUUAAGCCAGUGGACACUCUUCAGCACCUUGAGCAAGCGCUCACUCGGCCAGUGCUCCACACGUCCGGCCUCGUCGCCGUCAAGGGCCCCGACCUGGAGCUGGCACACAAGAACACGAGAGGCUGGCACGCCAUGAACUUCCUCCACCACUCUUACGUCGACCUCGGGUAUCUGGCGGAACACUCGCUUGAUGACCCCCCACACCGAACGCUGGACCGCAGCCACUUCUCGCAUGGGCUCGACCUCGCUGUCUUGCAGGACAUCGUCGCAGACAUCACACCCAACAUGCUGCAGGCAGAGCCACACGCAGUGGUUCGCGCUGUGCUUGACCGGCUCGAUGUUUACGUUCCCGGAACUCCACCAAUCCAUUGGGGCCCCUCCGACAUCGUCGACGCACACAUCGGGACGCUAGUCAUUGUCUUUCCAACCCACCACAGCGGCGGGGCGCUGACAUUCACACGGGGAACGGAAGCGGAGACUGUCUCCCCCGCGGGCGGCCUGGUCACUGGCGGUGCAAUGGCCCAUAUUGCGUAUGCUGCAUACCGCAACGACACGGCGAUGACGCAGGACCACAUCGACAGCGGGCAUCGUGUGACAAUGAGCUACAAGCUGUUUGCCGUCCAGCGGGGCGAGAGAGCGAUGUGCGGCCCUGGGCUCAGCUCCGCGGAAGACGACAUGGCGCUUGCGAUGAGACGGCUCGCUGCCGCCCUCUUCCCCCCGAAUUCAGACGGCAUGCUCUGCUUUGGGCUGGCCCAUGCCUAUCCAAUACCGUGCACGCCGACUGACGAGAGGUCCCUCCGCGACGUUGUGCCGCUGCUGCGGGGCGUGGACAAGCGCAUUGCGACGGCGGCCCGGGCGGCCGGCAUGGAGGUGGUUGUCCGGCUCGUGUACGAGGUCGAACCCGAAGAGCUGUUGGCAAAUGACGACGACUGCGCAACUGAGCUGUAUCACGUGGCGGUCGACCGCGUGAUUGCGAUGAGCGACGUCGACGAUAACUUCGAGCCUGUGGAUGGGCAGCGCGCUGCGUGGAAGAUUUUCUCGGCUGGGGAGAUCCUGUGCCCGGUCAGUGUGACGCCCCCGACGCUGAAGCGCAGCCGGUCCGAGUCGCGUCAGCCCAGCCGGUCCGACGAUUUCUCGAAGGUGCUGAAUGGCAAGCGGGCCACGUGUGUGGAUGCGCACUGGGUCACGCCACUCACGCAGAUCAACUGCGCCAAGUCGUCGUUUCUGUACGCAGACAAUGAGCGUCCAGAGAUUGAGGAUCGGGAGGCAUAUGCAGCGUUGUUCGUGCAUAUCCCGCGUGCUGAAUCGGAGGAGAAGGGUAUAUUAAGUACUCGAUUGGUUUGA